UAUGAAAUGCUCUCAACAUGCUGAUUAUUAAUGCUAUUAUUAAUAUCAUUAAUGCUAAAUCAAGAUACAUGAGCUUAUGGUUUGGUGUCACAAACAUACAUGGCAAACAGUAAACUAGAAAUACUUUAUCGCAUUAUCGUUUACUUAAAGGUACAGUGUGUUGGAAUUUUAAGGGUUUAUUCACCAAAAUGUAAUAUAUAAUACAAAACUAUGUUGUGAGUGGUGAAUAAAUACCUUACAAAAUAAAGCGAAAUGUUUAUAUUAUCUUACAAUGAGCCAUUUUAUGUACAGUUGUGUUCAAAAUUAUUCAACCCCCACUGAAAUUGAUUGUUUUGGUCGGUUUGACAUUGAUUAUGAUCAUUCAGUCAUCCUGCUUACAAUUAAAUCAAAGAGGCACGUGUAGGUCAGACAAAUAUAACAUAACAUUUAUAAUGAAAUAACCACAAAUGUCUUUUCUGAGCUCACAUCAUUAUCAGUUUUAUUCAACCCCCAAGUGACAUUCAAUCUUAGUACUUAGUACAACAUCCUUUUACAGUUAUAACAGCUUUUAAACGUAAAGCAUAGCUCGACACAAGUGUCUUGCAGCGAUCUACGGGUAUCUUCGCCCAUUCAUCAUGGGCAAAAGCCUCCAGUUCAGUCACAUUCUUAGGCUUGCGCACUGCAACUGCUUUCUUUAAGUCCCACCAGAGGUUCUCAAUCGGAUUUAAGUCUGGUGACUGCGAUGGCCACUUCAAAAUGUUCCAGCCUUUAAUCUGCAACCAUGCUCUAGUGGACUUGGAGGUAUGCUUGGGAUCAUUGUCCUGUUGAAAGGUCCAACGUCUUCCAAGCCUCAGGUUUGUGACGGACCGCAUCACAUUGUCAUCCAAUAUUUCCUGGUACUGAAGAGAAUUCAUGGUACCUUGCACACGCUGAAGCUUCCCAGUACCUGCAGAAGCAAAACAGCCCCAAAGCAUGAUUGACCCUCCGCCAUGCUUCACAGUAGGCAAGGUGUUCUUUUCUUCAUAGGCCUUGUUCUUCCUCCUCCAAACAUAGCGUUGAUCCAUGGGCCCAAACAGUUCUAAUUUUGUUUCAUCAGUCCACAGAACACUAUCCCAAAACUUCUGUGGUUUGUCCACAUGACUUUUGGCAUACUGCAGUCGACUCUUCUUAUUCUUUGGGGACAGCGAGGGGGUGCGCCUGGGAGUUCUGGCAUGGAGGCCUUCAUUACGCAGGGUGCGCCGUAUUGUCUGAGCAGAAACUUCAGUACCCACAUCUGACAAAUCUUUUCUCAGUUCCUCAGCAGUCACACGGGGACUUUUCUCCACUCUAAGCUUCAGGUAGCGCACAGCAGUCGAAGUCAGCAUCUUCUUUCUGCCACGACCAGAUUGUGGCAGAAACAUUGGAGGAACCAAAGACAGUAGAGCAAGAGAUGAAGGAAAAGUUGAAUGAGGUGAAAGAGGAGAUAAUAAUGUUGGAGGAGGUGAAGGAUGCCCUUCCUACAUGUAUUGGUCCGGGCUGCAGUAAUAAUCCUCUGCCAGAAUCUGUGUACUGUGGUCAUCGGUGUAUUGUGCAGCAUGCGGCCAUGGCCAUGAAGUGUCUCUCUGAAGCCAAUCCUGAAACAAAACCUGCCCCUCCGCCUACAAAACCCUUACUCAAGAGCCAGAAACGAUCAUUUCUUGCAAAGCUUUUCAAGGUGAAGGUUGGCGAGAGUCCACAAAGUGAAGAAAAACCGAACUUGCAGGAAAUGGUGAAAGAGGAGUCCGUGGAUUGUGCCGAAGUUACUGUCCCUGAGCAACAGCCAUCAACUGCUACUAUUGAGGAAAAACCCGUCAUUAGGGGAAAAAAAGUUGAGUUGAGUGCCGACACACAGAGCAAGCUUUUAAAUAUGAAUUUAGAUAAUCCCUCUUCUGAAAAGACGGCUGUUGCCCCACCCAUCAAGAAGUCCACUCCAGGAAGAGCCAGGAAAACCAUGCCAGGCUCUCCACGGCUGGAAAUCCUUAGAGUAGCUCUUAGUAAAACUCCAGGAAAGUCAGUUGUGAAGUCCAACAAACCUCCAGAUGUUCGACCCACCCCAGAUGAUAAUGCCAUGGCCCCUCUCUCCAGUCUCCUCCAAAUCAGGCAGAAUAUUCGCUGCUCUCUGACUGAAGUUUUCUUUCUAAGGAUAAAUAAAAUUGACCAUUCGGACACUACUGAGCAUGAUGUUGAAAAACUGGCUUUGAACACUGAGAAAGACGUGUUCAAUAUGUACUACACCACAGAUGAGCUGUACAAGGAUAAAUGCCAGCAUCUCAUACAUAACCUGAAAGAUCCCAAAAAUCAGGAGCUGUGUCAUCAGCUUUUGAAAGGAGAGAUUUCUCCAAUCAAACUUAUUAAUCUGAUUGAACAGGACAAGUCUGUUGAGGACAUUGCUUGUGAAACAGAUGUGCAUCAAAUGACAUUAGAGGAGAUAUCUUCCUCUCAUUCUCUGCAUGUGACAGAAAAUACGGUCAAUGUGAAGAGCACAAACCCUUUGAAUGCGACCACUAGCUCAGAUGAGAAAACAUGUUUGUCUCAACGAAAGCAGAGCCUGGCAAGGAAAUGCAGCCCCGAUGUCCCAGACAUGAUAAGCUGCAUGCUGAAAGACACAACAUCACAACAUAAAUGCCAUCUGUUUGACCUUAAUUGCAGAAUAUGUACAGGCCAGAGAUCCUCGGACAGGGACCCUGAAACGAAGAAACUAAAAAUUGAGAUGACAAAGAGAAGCACGGAAGAGAUGUCAUUGUUGGUUGAUCAUGUGAUGGAUGAAGAGCCUCUUCCUGCUACAGUACAAGAUUCCAAUAUAACAGAGUCCCCGGCUUCUCCCAGUGCAGAUGAUUGUGAAGUACCAACAUCAUCAAGGGAUUUCUCUCCGGUUUUGAUCCCAUCAGUUCCCAUCUUGUCCCUCUCAAGAAGAGAUCCCCGUACAGCACAGUUCCGACAAGUUCUGAUGCUGAGUACUGAAACAAAGUCUGUUUUACCCCAGUCCCAACUUCAACCCCCAGCAGAGAAAGUAGAAGAAACUCUUAAAGAGACAACGGUGGUCCAACCCUCCCCGCACGUGCCUGUUCCCAUAGUGCCAAAAUCUAUUCUUAUGAAACCAACACCUACAUCGGCUUGUAGGCUGGACGCUUCAUUUGGCUCAAGCACUUCAAGGCUUAUGGAAUCUCACUACCCAUCUGACAAAGGAACAAGACAAUUUUUAUCUAAACAGGAUGCUGUAUGGAAGGGUUUUCUGAACAUGCCAACUGUGGCCAAGUUUGUCACAAAAGGAUAUUUAAUAUCAGGCUCUCCUGACUUUCUUAAAGAGGACCUGCCAGACACUAUCCAGAUUGGUGGCAGGAUUUUGCCACAGACAGUAUGGGAAUAUGUUGAUUUGAUAAAGACAUCAGAGGGAAAGGAAAUGUCCUUGAUCCGGUUCCAUCCAGGAUCUGAAGAAGAAGAGGUUGCAUAUGUGUCCCUCUUCUCGUACUUCAACAGUCGUAGGAGAUUCGGGGUUGUUUCUAAUAUUUGCAAACACAUUAAAGACCUUUACCUCAUUCCAUUGUGUGCAAAGCAGACCAUCCCUUCUGUACUGCUUCCCAUAGAGGGUCCAGGGCUUGAACAGAAUCAUCCCAACCUUCUAAUAGGACUGGCGGUCUGUCAGAAACCAAAGCUGCCUGAGGCAUUUCUACAUGAGGUUGGUCAGAAGAAACCUAGCUUGUCGAUCCGUUCAGAUAGUAAGGAAGCAAACAAUUUUACCUCUUUAAAGACUCUCGAAUUUGAUAUUGGACAACAUAACACCAAGACACUAAUUGAUCCUAAUGUCCUCAUCAAAACCUCAUUGAAUCCAGAUCCGUUAUAUAUUUCCAGCUCUCAGUCUUGCUCAUCUGUAUUAUCUGAACCCGAACCCAUCACAUGUGACAACCCAUCCAGAGACUCUACCGGUACCACACCACUUCAGACAAUACUUGACACAAUAUUUGGUCAAAGAAAACAAAACCCUGAUGCUACCAACUGUGAAAUAAACUCUGCAACAGAUAAGGUUCAUCAAAUUCUACAGAUAUGUAAAGAAGCAAAUACAAUGGAGUUAUGUGAUGAUAGGCCUUACGAUCCUGAGGAAUAUGAUCCAGCUCUCACAUAUGGAGCUUUAGAGUCUAGCAGUCAAACUACAGUGGCUGAAUAUGAUGAUAGACCGUAUGACCCAGAGGAGGAGUAUAAUGCAGUUGACAAAGGGGACUUUGCCAAAAAUGAUUUACCCAAAACUUCAGACGCUACAAAUACACAAGAGAGCUCCACCGCAAAUGGUGACGUAGCCUAUGAUCCAGAGGAUGAGACCGUUUUUGAAGAAAUGCAAAAUUAUCUUGCAGGUAAUGCCAAAACUCCUCAAAAGUUUAACAUCUGUGAGCAGGACAACAUUUUGAAUUCAACUUUGCCUGAGCAGCAAAAAAUUCUUGAGGAGUUAAAUAGGCAAAUAGAGGAACAAAAAAGGCAACUAGAAGAACAGACAGAGACUCUACGCCUACGGAAGGAAGCCAUUGGUUUGUCCAUGGCCCAUUUUUCUGUUUCUCAUGCUCUGAUGUCACCACCUCCCAAUUUCGGCAGGGAUGAAGAUGAAGAAAUUGAAAAACUUCCUUAUCUUUCAACAGUUAAUCACAUAAGGGAUCCACGGACCUGUCGAAAAACAAGCAGAGAGGCUGAGGAUGCAUCUGAGGCUCCCAAAGACAAAAAUGCAACACAAAUAUUAUCAAACAUGAAAGGGAAUCAAACCGCAGUAACAUCUUCGUUUAGAAAUAAAGAGAUAUUGGAAAAUGAUAAAACACUUGCCAUGGAAGGGUCGUCAGACACUGAAACUAUACAGUUACAAAACAGUACAAGGUCUCGCUCAGAACAUUCUAGUGUAACGGGAAGUGGUAGAGGGUCUUCGAAAAAGAGGUUGCAUGAACGUAGGUCGGACCGCCAUGAUAGAGCAUCGUCAAGAGCGUCAUAUAAAUCCAGGGUGCCAAAGGAUGCUUCAGACAAACACCAUAGAAGUGGACACUCUUCAAAGCAUUCGUCUAGCCGAAGUGACAGUGAAAGAAGACGACUGGCAUCAAGAACAAUUCAUCACGAUCGCCACCACCACAGAGACGCAUCUUCAUCCUCACGCUACAAGAGGAGAAGUGAUUCUUCCACAAGAUCCCACCCGAGCCAGAGAGACAGAUCUUCAAAAGACUGUAGUGAUCGCUUACAUAAUACUGACCACCAACAGCCAUCAGUGCUUAACGCUCAGUCUUCACAACCUGUUUGUGAGCAGCCUUCCAUUCAGCAAGUUUCAAAUGCAAAGGCUGAUGCCGAGAGACUUCACACAUCCCAAGACCCUGGGGAAAAGUCGCUAAAUAAUAACCAAAAUCAUUCUGAAAUUAGCAGCAAAAUUGACCACUCCUCUAAACAAGGAUUACUACCAAUGCUAUACAUGCAAAAUGUUAAAACUGCCCACAGUUAUACUGGCCAAACUUUAAACAGCACUACACCAACAUUACAGUCUCCCCAAACUCAGGGAGAUGUUCCUCACCAUGACAAGAAAGAAUCACCUUGCCAACGGUCUCAUAACCAACCAGCACAUAUGUCUGGGUCAAAUCAUUCGUCUCCGAAGAGAGGUUUGCUGUCAAUGCACUGGCUGAAUUCAUUUCAGACUGAGGCAGAUAGUCUGUCCGGUGCAGGGGAUUACCCGCAAAAGGAUUUCCAGUUGCAAUAUAGAGAUUUUCUACAAUCUAACAACAGCCAGUCAAUUUGCAGGGAUAUUCCACCCCAAGAACUACCUCAUAUUAAAAGCAGAGACUUUUUAGCACCAGAUGCAGAAUGCAGCAGUCAGUUGCAAAGGUCUCGCAAGCAGGAAGGAUUCAAGUCUGGUGAACGCGGACAGUUUAAUAAGCAAAUGCUUCCCAGCCACACAGACCAUCAGUGGAGUCAAGAACACAGGGCACCCCUGUUCCGUGGAUGCAGUGGCGAAGAACCUGAAAUAAAUCCGUUCUGCCACAAGAAAGGCCAAUCAUACAUGAAGGGACAACAUUUUCAUAGAGACGAGUCUUCUCAGCUUCAACAAAGAUGCUCCAUAUUAGGCCCACCCCCUGUGGAUAUCAAUAUUUUCAGACCUAGGCCUUUAAACCCUUCGUGUUUUGAUAAAUGCAAACCAUCAACAGAGCCUCUGUCCGUGAUGGAACAUAGAAAGUUCGUUCAGCCCACGAAUGCCAAUACUAGUACUUUUGCACAUUCUAAAACCAUCCAACCAGGAGGUCCAUCUCCAGGGUCAUCUAGGUUUCAGGAUGGCACUGACACUCACAGUGGUUCACAUCACAUAAUUAAGGACGUGAUGUGCCCCGUCAAUAGUGGAGGGCCAUCUGGAGGAUGGUUUCACAACUCACAGCAAUCUCACUGUAAAUCCCCAAAAGGGGAUGUUCCAUAUAGACAGUUUACCAUUGAACAUAAUAAAGGAGGUAGAUUUCAUGUAGGACAUUCUAAUAUUAGAGGUUUUUUACAUCACCGCCCUUAUAAAUCAAGAGGGUGUCCUCCACCACAUGAUGCGUAUGAACCACAUAGCCCUUUUUUUCUCCAAACAUUUGGAGAAGAUGCAGAAGCCUGUUUGAGAAAACCGUCUGAACCAUACCCUCAAGACUUAACAUGUGAGGCAUCACCUAGCAUGUUUGAGGGACAGCUGUGUCCAAAAAUAAAGGGUCAACAAAGAGGACCUCUGCAAUCUAGAUUUAGAGGACAAGAUGUGGUAAAAGGUUUUGCAAGGAGUCAAAAAGUGAAUGCACAAAUUAGAGGACCUCGCUCUGACUCACCGCAACAGUUUAUUGACCAAAAUGCACCAUCUCCUGAUUUUCAUGGUGAGCAAAUGCCUUCAUCUGGAAACUGUGACAAUAUUGAAGCUCAAGAUGACUCUGAGUUUUCUGGUUUUCCCAACACAACUCAUAGUCAUUUUAAAAGGCCAGAACAUCAAAAUGCGUGUGAAAGUCAGAAUUUGAGGCAACCUUUUGAGUCUCCUUCUGGACAGACAAAUAUUCGCCCUUUAAGGUUGUCGGGUCCACUACUACCCACUCCAGUUGGAUGUCGAAUUAGGCCAAACAUCCCACGGUUACAGAGGCCUCCUAAUGUAAGCUCCAGGUCUCAGGGACCAGCUUCCAUGAGACAUCGUCCUGUGACAAAUGAAAUCAAUGGACUUUGGGAUCAUGGGGAGGGUCACAAUCUUAAUCCUCAUCAAAGUGAUACCUCAGAAAGUCUUGUUCCGGAAGAACGAAGAGGUAAUUACGAAGGUAGAAGGGGACAGCAAAGUGUCCAGGACAGUAAUUAUGGACAACCAUGCAGAGGGACCCGAGGAAGAUACAGCAGCAGAAGGGCUGGCCAAAGGCAGAGAUUUGGAAAUAGUGGUCAUAGAGAAAGAGAUUAUUCUAUAUAAAUGUGUAUGUGUGUGUAGAGAGAGAGAAAUUGACAAGAGGAAGGGCAAGAAAUGAUAGUAGUAGAUAUUCUAAUGAUUGGUUGAAAAGCUAAGAUUUAGAUAAUGGGCUGUAAAAUUGUACCAUAGGUAAUCAUUAAGGUUCAGGGCCCGUUUGCAAGAAACCCCUUAGGGUAAGAAAACCCUUAAUUCUAAUUGUGACAGUAUUUUUACUAAGGAUUUUCUUAAGGGGUUUCUUGCAACCGGGCCUAGAUGUUCAGAGUUUGAAUAGACAAGGAAGAAAAACACUUUUGGAGGUUCACUUUUAUUUUGCUAUUCCAACUUGAAUUUCUACUUUCAGUUACCUUUGGAAAAUGUUUUGUUUUUUAGAACGUAAGAGAAUGUAAGCAGGACAUGUGAGUGGAAACUACUAAAGGUUAUGGUAACAUUUUAGAAUUUUAUCUCCUGCUGUGCAGUUGGUUCAAAAUAUAAAAAUAACUGUACAUUUUGUGUUCAUACAUUUUUAAGCUAUUUUCUAAUUAUAUGUUUGUAAGUCUUUCCGAAUCUCAAAAUGUCUGUUCAUCAAGCUCAUUUAGUAAAACAAAAAACUUUAAA